AUGCCAUCUUAUGCCAAGUAUAUUAAGGAAAUUGUGUCUAAUAAAAAGAAACUAGAAGAGUUUGCUACUGUGCAUCUAAAUGAGGAGUGUAGUGCUAUUUUACAAAGCAAACUACCUCCUAAGCUAAUGGAUCCAGGAAGUUUUUCUAUUCCUUGCACUAUUGGUAAUACUGUUGUUGAUAAAUGCUUAUGUGAUUUAGGUGCCAGUAUAAACCUUAUGCCUUUAACUCUUUUCAGGAAGUUGGGAAUAGCUGAAAUGAAGCCAACUACAAUCUCUCUUCAACUUGCUGAUAGAUCAGUCAAGUACCCGCAGGGUGUAGAAGAGGAUAUCUUGGUAAAAGUUGGUAAAUUCUACUUUCCUGCUGAUUUUCUGAUUUUGGACAUGGGUAAUGAUACAGAUACAUCCCUUAUACUUGGUAGGCCAUUUUUGUUAACAAGAGUAAUAAUAGAUAUGCCUUUAGGGAAAUUAAUUUUUAGAGUAGGAACAGAAAAAGAAGAAUUCUCUAUCUCUAAAGCUGUUAAGUUCCCGUCUUUUGAUGAAUCAUGUCAUUUUGUUGAUGCUAUUGAGAAACUUUCAAAAGAAGCAUUUGCACUACAAGAAAAUUUGCGAUUCGCGACGGAAUUUUUUCGUCGCGAAACAGCCAAAUCCGUCGCGAAACAGGUUUUGCGACGGAAUUCGUUCCGUCGUAUCUCCGUUUGCGACGAAAAAGUUCCGUCGCGAAAUAUGGCGACGGAAAAAUUCCGUCGCGAAAUAUGA